AUGGAGAACUUCGACGAUCGAACAAAGAAAAUAUUGGACAUGGCAAAUUCGCGCCGCUUUGAGUUGGAAAAGGAGAACUCGGAAGGAUCGUUCAUGCAAAGUUUGCCAAAAACACCAUCUGAAACAUCACCGAGAAAAGUGCUUUCUGAGAGUCAGCCAGAUGCAUCAUCGGGAGACUUCAGAAUCAAGUUUGCGGCAUUGGCAGCGGCUGAUGAUGAAUUUGUUUACGAGCCCUCUCGCCCAACUGGAAAAGAAGACAGAAAGGGUCCCUUGCGAGUCGGUGUCGAGAAAUCCCCUGUCCCGAUCGAGCUAUGCAAGCCAAAGUUCAAUUAUCUUCCACUGAAAAACUCGAGUGAAGUCAAUGUUCAAGGUAGCAGUGAAAAAAGGGUCACGAUCAAGGAAACUCCUUUCAAUAAUACAACACUUGCAACCAAUGAAGAAACAAUCGGUGAGACAACAUCAACUGAAUAUGGAAUCCACACGUUUUUAACAAAGAAGGUUGUGCAACAUGGAUCAGCUUCUUCUCUGCACAAGAAAGAAAAUGAGUUACUCUACUCUUCGCCUAUUAGAUUUGAUCCAAAGUCGACCAGUUCUCCAAUUAAUGAAAAUUUGUAUGUGCAGAGUACUUUUGUGAGAAACAAUAGCCGACUACAUGGACCAACCUCAGAGAUUUCUCCUAUUCGUCAUCUGGAAACAAGCCAACACAGUGCUGGCCUUGCAAAGAAUCAAGGGGAGAUUACCCAACAUGGCUCUUAUUUGCAAACUGGAGCUAUCUCUUCAAUGCCCGCUUAUUUGAGUAAUUCGACUUCCUCAAAACCAAUCUCCAAAUCAACAGUGAUGGCCGAGGUAAAGCCGCGUUUGCCCACUUUUCACACACUUUGGCGUGGCUCCGCUGGAACGCCGAUUGUUCAAGGCGCCGAUCCUAAAGAACCCGCUAAACCACCUGUUCCUCCUACAGCUAACAUAAAGAAUUUGCGUUCUCGAUGGGAGUUUUCUUCCGCAACCGGUACACCCCUUCAUCCAGAUGCCACCGAAGACGAGCUUUUGAAUACAGCGCGACACAUGGCUGAGACGGCAAUUCCAAUCAAGAAAACUGUGAAAAAGUUGCCUUUCCUUAACACGGCCUCUUAUCCAUCUACGCGUAAGAGCAUUGACGACAUGCGGAGCACGCCGAAUAAGAUACCCUGCAAUAAUGACAGUGAAGAGGAUGAGGAGGAAAGCCAAGAACCAACUCUCGAACAGGAACAUCCUGAGGAUGGGCCAAACCAAGAUGGGGAGGUGAUUGAAGAGGGCGACUUUGAUGACUCGUACUUUCAACAUGAGACCAAUGAGACUGUGGAUGGAAUUCAAGCAAUUGAUGCGGCUUUCGAAUUCAUCAACAGCCCACAAAAGCAUUCCCGCCCCUACACACCGCCAUUCACGUCAACAAACUUGCAGCCACUCAACUCCGACACAAUUCACGCUUCAAACAGCGAUCCUGCUUUGGCUCAUUCAAUCUCUUUUUAUCGGAAACAACGCUCGGCAAAGGAUGACAAAAUCGAAAAAAUUGUUUUUGCAGGAGUGCAAACGCCGACCUCGCAACAAAAAGUUAUUCAAGCCGAGUCACAUCAUGACAGAGAGAAAAGAGUUGACACUACGGCUCGCAUUCGGCAAGCAAUCGCCGUUGAAGGGGAACGGGGCUUAAGAGAUCAUUUUGGAGAUAUCGAUGUCGUCUACUAUUUCGUAAUCCUUAUCAAAUGCGAGACCACUUUGCUUCACACGGCAUUGAAUUCAAACGAAAACAAGAUUAAUGAUGAUGGAUCAAUCGAAUUGAAAAAAUAUUUCCAAAUCGAGAAAAUUCAUCCGGAUUUUAACUGCAUCUUUGAAGUGUAUGCCUUGAGAUCAAAAAAAGAAGGCAUGUCGCAUGAAGAGAAAUAUCGUAUCAAAGGAGGAACGUUGAAGAGUAUCCAAUCUGGCUUCACCAUGAAAACACAGAAAAAUUCGUCGCACCACAACCCAAUCCUUGAUUCGGGCUUUCAAUUGGUUGGUCGACUCAAUCUUCACAUAAAUGGAACGGAUCGACGCAAAUUCCACUUGAUCGAGCCACAACACCCUCUAUCGGGAGAAGUACACAUGAAAAUUAAAAAGUCCGCCACUGGCAAAGCCGGAGUUCCUCAUCGCGGAUUCCUUUCACUCUAUCAGAAGACGCAAGGAUUAGCUUCUUGGACUCGAUAUUGGUGCGUUCUAGAGAAGGGUGAAAUGAAGUUUUGGCGUAGCCCCGAAGAUGAAAACACCAAGGAUUGGGCUGUCUCAAUCGAUUUGUCGACUUGUACGAAAGACGGAGCUAUCGUUGAGCCACAUGGAAAUUUCCCCCAUUCUUUUCACAUCGACGUUUGGGUACCAAAAGAAGGCACAAAUCGAGAAAUGGAAAAACUGCGAGUAUUGAUGGCGGCCGAUCACAAAGAAAUGCUUGUUGAAUGGAUUAAUGCGCUUAACAAGACGGUCCGAAAUUUGUUGGUUUGGAGUACCUCAAUAAAUCAC